GCUGUGGAUGAUGAAUGAGUCCCUCAGAACCUGAAACCUGAGGUACUUGUUCUGCCACUGCCAAGUCGGAGGAGGAUCUCAGCCUUCACUCAUCUUCCCUCUAGGUAGUGAGCUGCCCCACGGGGUUCAGGCAGCUUUCAAAUGCCCUGUCUUUGCCAUACUUUCUGGUCUCUUGGUCUCCUGGGAGAGGAAGGUGCUUUUCUCUUAGGCCCAGAAUUCAGCCUCUGGAUUUAGGCCAUCCUAUGCCUACCUUAGAUACAAAGAUGACUUUAUUUCCCUUUUCUGUAAGUCUGUAAACCCACAGAUCUGCCUGUCUUGUCCCAUUGUACGAAAUAUUUUGUUAAGUUCAAGGUUCAGUUUCUCUUACUUUUUUACAACUGUACUUUCCAGAGCAUCUUAAUUCCAGUCAUUCUAAUCUACUGUCCUGAAAAUUAUACACCUACUUGUCCAUCCAUGUAUCCCCCGUUUGUUCAGUACAAUCACCAUACUUCUUUCUGUCUUUGGCUAAUAUCAUCUCCUAUUCUCACAAGUGGACAAAAGAUCACAAACAGUGGACAGCAUUUGGGGAGGAUUACCUCAUGUCUGCUCCCCUGUCCAGCAAGCAGAAGACUGUAUCCUAACCAUCCUCCAAAGCUCCCAUCCCCAACCUGUACCACCUUACCUGGACUUUCCCUUCAUUCCUGUCCUUCAUCUGAGAGAUGUCUCUGAAAACACAUCUGUGGAGCAGAGAUCAUUGACUCAGUCUGAACCCAGUGAAUGUUCAAGCCAGCCUGGCCUCACCCACUACCCUGUCUGCCUCAGGUAGUCUCUGGGCCCCCUCUUCAGGGAGAGAUCUUGCAGAAUUCUACCCAUUACAGUUUUACAACAUCAAAAUCCCUUAACCAUAUAGUAACAACAACACACAUACAACAAGAGGAGGGUUGAUCACUCACACAUGCCUUUACGGGAAAACGGGCAGCUCUCUCCCGUAAGAGAGAGUAAGAAAAAUACAGGUCUCUACCCCACCAUAAAAAAAAAGAAAAAAAAAUCCCAGGAUGCCCCAGAAUGCAGUUUCUUUUCUUCAUGACGUUUGUAAAGCACGUCAGCUGCUCCUUGUUGCUGUGCAGAUCACCCAACAUCGGGUCACUGAGACAGACGGCAGCUUUGGCUCGCCAGCUGAUAGGAUUAGGAGCUGGUGCUUUGUCAGCCCUGCCGAAGUCCGAGAAAGCCCCCAGCACACGCAGGUGAGCCGUGAGAAAGAGCGGAUGCGGGGGACUGGCCGUGAGGUGCCUCCGCCUGGACGGCGGCAGCGGCGGCGCGAGGAGCCGGCGGGCAGCAGCGCGAUGGGACCCCUUCGGGAGACCAAGAAGGAGCAGAGGGUGCAGCAUCAUGAGAAGGAGAUUUCCCGAAGCCGGAUUCCCCGUUUGAUUCUUCGGCCCCAUCUGCCUCAGCAACAGCACAAAGUGUCCCCGGCCUCUGAGUCCCCCUUCUCUGAGGAAGAGAGCAGAGAGUUCAACCCCAGCAGCUCUGGGCGCUCGGCGAGGACCAUCAGCAGCAACAGCUUCUGCUCAGAUGACACAGGCUGUCCUAGCAGUCAGUCAGUGUCUCCUGUGAAGACGCCCUCGGAUGCUGGAAACAGCCCUGUUGGCUUUUGCCCUGGAAGUGAUGAAGACUUUACCAGAAAGAAAUGCGCAAUUGGAAUGGUUGGUGAGGGAAGCAUCCAGUCAGCUCGCUGUAAGAAGGAGCCCAAGUCAGGCCUUGUGAAGCCAGCACACAGGGUCCGGUGUGUAUCGAGGGCACAAUCAACAUUUGUUGACCUCAACAGCAAAGGUAGUGAAGCCGAUUUCAGCUCCUCGAGCAGCACCGGCAGCAUCUCGGCCCCUGAGGUCCACAUGUCUGCUGCGGGAAGCAAGCGGUCCUCUUUCUCACGCAAUCGAGGUCCCCACGGGCGGAGCAAUGGGACUUCAUCGUUCAAGCCUGGCAACAGCCCGCCCUCCCCACGGGACAAGGACCUUCUGUCCAUGCUCUGCAGGAAUCAGCUGAGUCCCGUUAACACCCAUCCCAGUUAUGCGCCGUCUUCCCCAAGUAGCAGCAACUCUGGCUCCUACAAGGGAAGUGACUGCAGCCCUGUCAUGAGGCGGUCUGGAAGGUACAUGUCCUGUGGUGAAAAUCAUGGCGUCAAACCCCCAAAUCCGGAGCAGUACCUGACUCCUCUGCAGCAGAAAGAGGUUACAGUGAGACACCUGAAGACCAAGCUCAAGGAAUCUGAGCGCCGACUUCAUGAGAGGGAGAGUGAGAUUAUGGAACUCAAGUCCCAGCUGGCCCGGAUGAGGGAUGACUGGAUAGAAGAAGAGUGCCACCGGGUGGAGGCCCAGCUGGCCCUCAAGGAAGCCAGGAAGGAGAUUAAACAGCUCAAACAGGUCAUCGAAACGAUGAGGAGCAGCCUGGCCGAUAAAGACAAGGGCAUUCAGAAGUAUUUCGUGGACAUAAACAUUCAAAACAAGAAGUUGGAGUCGCUCCUUCAGAGCAUGGAGAUGGCGCACAGUGGCUCUCUGAGGGACGAACUGUGUCUAGACUUUCCGUGCGAUUCCCCGGAGAAGGGCUUGGCCCUCAGCACCCCUUUUGGCAAGACGGCCGAUGGGCGGUCUCCGGAAGAGCCGGUCACAGAGGAAGGGGCCGACAGCGAGGUGCUGGUGGGAGGCAGCGUGGCCGACGGCACAGAUUUGUUUGAUGACAUGGUGACGGCCACCGCCACGGAGGCUGGCGACCUGGAGCUUCUUCGUUCGGGCCGCGGGGCAGAGGCCCUGGCGCUCGUCCCGGCGGCGGGGGGUCAGGGGGAGGGCAGCGCGGUGGUGGAGCAGGCGGUGCAGACCGACGUGGUGCCCUACAGCCCUGCCUUCUCCGAGCUCAUCCAGCACGUGCUCAAGCUCCAGGCCCCCUGCCCCUCCAGCUCCACAUCCCCUGAUGAUGAGUCCGGGGCCGACUCGACGGAAAGCUUCCUGGAGUCCAUCUCCGCCUUCGUGGUUGAUUUGACUCCAAGGAAUCCGAACUCAGCCAUCCUUUUGUCUCCCGUGGAGACCCCCUCCGCCACGGGGGAUACGGAAGCGCGUGGAAACCGCCUCAUGAGAGAGCUGGAUUUUGCAGGCUCCGCGGAGGGGAGGUCGGACGGCCUCAUCCCGCUGGCCCGCGGGGGCGUCGGCAGGCAGUACUGGAGCCGCAGCUUCCUGGUGGAUCUCCUGGCCGUGGCGGCCCCCGUGGUCCCCACUGUUUUGUGGGCGUUCAGUACUCAGAGGGGAGGGACAGAUCCCGUCUACAACAUUGGAGCCUUGCUCCGGGGCUGCUGCGUGGUGGCCCUGCAUUCGCUCCGCCGCACCGCCUGUCAUAUCAAGACCUAAAGAGAAGUCGUCGUUUCCAUGUGCCAGUCUGUCCCGUGUGGCGCUGUACGAGGUGGAGAAACAGCAGGUCGACCUGUGGCGGUCUCUGUUCUGUCGUUUUGGCUCCUCGGUGUUUGAUUUGCACUAUAUUUAGUUGAAGCCUGUUCCCUGUUUAAAACCAGAGGUAUCUUCAAAGGCAUGGAGAUCUGGUUCAAGUAAACGUCUCACCGGUGUGAUAUAGAAAGCAUGCUCGUGACCCUGCCGCGUCGUCUGAGGUACCCGUGCUUACCCUAGUGGUUCAGGAAGAGAAAAUGCAAAGUUUGCACUUUCAAGACAGCUUCUGUAAGGCUGGCAUGUUAUCUCCUUGCUUUGCUUUGUGCCGUUUUAAAAUGUGUAAUUGUUACAGCAUUCCAAUGGUCUUGUGCAUAGCAGGGGACUGUAACCAAAAAUAAUGUAUUUGUGUAAUUGGCUUGAAAAAGUCUUGAAUAGCUCUUUAGUGUCUUACUUGGGGUUGAUGAGGUUUGAGCGUUUUUUACUAAAUGUAGCUCCAAAGUCUUAAAUGGCUAGUCUGUUCUUAAACCUGUUAAUUGAUGAAACUGUAUGUAAGUUUACAUUGUAUUAACUUAUUUUUUGCUUAUUAUAUAUAGUGUUUUAUUGAAAAUUGUUUGUAACCCCACACUUCAGCAUGAUGAAAAUAAAGAUUAGUGUUUCCAUUUAAAUAAAUGUUUUAUCCUCCUAU